UCAUAACCCGGAGGUACAUGUACGCUGUCACCGCCUUAAUCAAUUCAUAAGGAAUAUAUCACAGGGCCCUAGAUAACCACCAGGACCCUUAUUAGAACUCAAGACCAGGAGGUUUCUAUAUACAGCAAAGAAAAGAAUGUGUCCUUGAUGUCAUAACGGUCCCUAUUACUGGGUUCUUCUAUUCGGCUAUUCUGUUUCGUUAUCUACAUACCUACCGUACCGUACCGCGGGGGAUGACAAUAAGUCCAUCAAUUAAUUUCCCGACCGUCACAGAUCCAGAUCGAUCUCCCAAUAGUACUGAAUAGUCAAUGGACUAUAACGAUAAAUAUAAUAUAUGUCCUAAGUGAUCGAUCAGUGGACCCGGAAAGGUGCUGCUAGCUCCCGGUAUAGAGAAUCCCUCGCGUUCAAACAAAGACUCCAGCACCCGUCCCUGUUGGAUGGAUUGGACCCCUUUCCAAAGCCCGGUGUGAUGGUGUCAUUUCCAUGAUUCGAUUCCAAUAACUAUGUCAGGCCAACGUCAGGGCUCGAACACCAAGGGUCGCACAUAUCCCGCCAAUCGCCAUCCACGAUGCUGGGCCUGCGGAAUCAAGAGCCACUCAGAUGUAUCGAACGAGCUGACAGAGUUCGCCACGGAGGGCCCCUGAACCAGACCGAGUCUUUCGCCGUCCGCGCAAGACAAGACUUGACUUCAACACUAGAAAAGUGGGGGCUGGACCGUUGCACUUGGCGAAUGACGGCUGGCGCAAGGCGUGAUGGAUCGAGAUCGGUCCGCGCACACUCGCCGACGUCCGUAAGGCUGUCUUGGUCAUGAUCUGUCGAAGACGACGUGAUAGAUCAUGAAUGCACUCCGGAGACAGGUCAUCUCGCUAGCAAGUCAAUAGUUAGUAAUAAUUUUCUCCGGCCUUGGAAGGAAUGCCUGCAAGAACGGAUCGACGGAUUCCGGUCUCCCAGGAACCGAAAGAAUGGGAGAAAGAAUGAAGAGGGGAGAAAGAAGGAAGAGGCGUAAGGUGAAACACCACCCCCGUGUUGGUGCCUGCGCCUUCAGGCUGGCCCCGUCUUGCUUUUCUUUUUUUGGAUUUUGUCUCUGGUGAUUCCACUUCUCUUUCCUUCGCGUCCUCACCCUUUCUUUGCUUUCCAUUCCUCUCGGUCGCCUCGACUUUCUUCGUCUUUCCUCUUCUCUUCUUCCUCUCGUUUCAAUUGCCCACGCUCUUUUGCUGCUUUGCCAAUUUUUCGCAUUUCCCACGCGUCUUCCUCGGUUCGACCCACUACCCCCCACAGCAAAACUGUCCAGAACCAGAUCUGCGAUUUUGUCCCCUCACGAUCUCUCAAUCAUUAACGCAAUUCAUGUCUCUCAUUUGACGAUCUCGUGUCGCUCAUUCGCCCAUUCGCUCACAAUCCUUUCUUUCCCGGGCAAACUUAGUCCUAGUCGUGGGGCUGCAGGACAGCCUCUGCUGUCUUGCCCUUCCAAACCAACCCUACCCGGUUAUUCACAAAAACCCAUUAUCACCCACAGAUCGUCUUCUCGUAUAAAUGUCUGGCCGUCCUGGUUUCGCCGAGAAGCGACUGUCCGUCCAUCGUUUUCAACAGAUCUCCGACAAUUCGCAAGAAGGCAUGGCGAACCCGAACGAUGUGACCAUCGAAAUUCCGCUGAGCACCGUCCCAAGCCGAGGAGGUGUCCGGAAUCCCAGCGUCAAUACUCCCGUGUCGCCCAAUACAUAUCAACCGCCAGGUGGGAGCCCGAAUCCCAAUGCGAGUGAAAAGACCGGGCUGGUGCCAGGCCCUGGUCCGGGCCGUCGGAGGAGGGUCGAUACUAUGGGGGCCUCGGUGGAGGAGAGCGAGGACGGGACGAUCACCACCAUGGGUCGCAUCUAUCAGAAGAUCCUCAACUUCUCCAUUGUCACUCGCUACAUGCUCUACGUUACGCCGCUGGCGAUAUUGAUUGCCAUCCCGAUCAUCGUGGGCGCGACGGUCGCGCAGGACGCGACCAUUGGCGGCGUGCCUGUACAUUGGUUUUUCACCUGGAUCGAAGUGAUCUGGUUGAGUCUGUGGGUGGCCAAACUGGCGGCCCGAGUCUUGCCUUAUAUUUUCCAAGUGCUGUGCGGUUUCGUAAGCUCGGGAACGCGCAAGUAUGCAUUGAUUCUUCACAGGCUCCAGAUCCCUAUCGCAACUGUGAUUUGGACUGUGAUCUCCCUCGUGACGUUUUUGCCUAUUAUGACCUUGAAUCCUGUGAAGCAGAAGCAGAACGAUACAGGAACCAAGUCUUGGGAGAAAACCAUGAAAAAUAUCCUGUUUGCUCUCUUUGUCUGCAGUCUGAUCUUUCUCGCGGAGAAAGCGCUCGUUCAACUUAUCUCGAUCAGUUAUCAUCGGAAGCAGUUUGAUACUAAGAUCAAAGAGUCCAAGCGGAACGUUUAUCUCCUCGGGCAGUUGUACGAGGCUUCGCGAAGCAUGUUUCCUAUGUACUGCAAAGAAUUUGCCGAGGAAGAUGCUGCCGUCUCCGACUUGAUCACAAGCAAGGGAAGUCGCCUGCCCCGUGCGGGCUCGGCCCCCUUCCGCAUGAUCAGAGAAGUUGGACACGGAUUUGGUCGAAUCGGUGAAAAAGUGACGGCUGCCGUGGGUGAUGUGGCCCAGGAGCUGACGGGAAAGGAGGUCUUCAACCCCAACUCGGCCCGGUCUGUCGUCACUUUGGCUCUUGAGCGGAAGAGGUCGUCCGAGGCGCUGGCCCGUCGAAUCUGGAUGUCGUUUGUCAUCGAGGGCCGUGAGGCUCUCUAUCAUGACGAUAUUGUGGAAGUGCUGGGCGCAGGAAAGGAGGCGGAAGCGGAUGAGUGCUUCCAAAUUCUUGACGGAGAUGGCAAUGGCGAUAUUAGUCUCGAGGAGAUGAUCUUGGCCGUUGCGGAGAUCGGGCGCACGCGCAAAUCAUUGACCCACAGUUUGCAUGAUGUGGACCAGGCGAUUCAUGUCCUUGACAAUCUUCUGCUCACCGUCGCGUUCGUUGUCAGUCUGCUGGUGUUCGUCUCCUUCGUGACGAGUGGUUUCGGCACCGUCAUUGCCGCCGGUGCUACCUCCCUCUUGUCCCUGAGUUUCGUCUUCGCCACUACUGCUCAAGAAGUCUUGGGUUCCUGUAUCUUUUUGUUCGUGAAGCACCCGUUCGACGUUGGAGAUCGGGUGGAUAUCGAUUCCAAAGCCUACUUUGUCGAACGUAUUUCCCUUCUCUUCACCGUGUUCCGCAACGUUGCCGAUCACCGCAUUACGCAGGUCCCCAACGUCGUUCUCAACAACUUGUGGAUCGACAACUUCACUCGUUCCAAUGCCAUGCACGAGACACUGACCAUCCCCGUCAAGUUCGAAACGACGUUUGUUGAUAUCCAGAACCUCAAGGAGGAGCUAGAGCAAUUCGUGCGCGACAAGGACAACUGCCGUGACUUCCAGCCCGAGCUUGAUGUUGAUGUCGUGGGUGUCGGCGACAUGGACAAGCUUGAGCUGACCGUGAACAUUCGCCACAAAUCCAACUGGUCAAACGAGAGCGUUCGUGCCGCACGCCGCUCGAAGUUCAUGUGUGCCCUGGUCUCCGCGGUGCGCAAGAUCCCCAUCCGCGCCCCCGGUGCCGAAGCACCGGCAGAGGACGAGAACGAUGACGAAGGAAAGCCCGAUGGAGACGGACCGGCCAAGAAUGAGACCACCGACAAGAACACGGACGGGGGCAUGAGCCGCGAGAGCACAGCCAAUGCUCCUCAAGGGCUCGGCCUGACCGGCGCCGACUCCAAGUCCACCGGAUUUGAUAUUGGCCGGUCUUCCGUUGGCUCGCUGCAGCAUCGUAACCGAACCGGCGAGGCCUCCUCCAGCACCUUCAGCGGCGGUCUCUCCCCGGAACACGCACGCAUGCGUUCUCCCGCGGCGGAAGAGUUCCGUGACGUCCAGGACGGCGAUAACUACCAAACCCCCGCCGCCUCGCCAGAACAGAAGCAGCUCAACAUCAACAGCUACGGCAGUCUCGAGCGAACCGCAUCGACCGGCCGUCGUAAGGAGGGAACUCGGUCGUCCAUCCCCACAGCCACAGGGGGUGUUCCCAUCCUCGCCGCACCGGUGCCGCAGCGUCCGGCGCAGGCCGCCGCUCCAGAAUACUACAACUACGGCGGCGGCAACUACUACGACCCGCAGGACGGGCCUUAUGAUCCCAACCAGCCCUUCGAGCUGCCUUCGGCGCGUGACGCCUCGCCUGCUGGCGUCGGCCAUAACCAGGAAUAUCCCUCGCCGUAUCUGCGCGGACCUGCCUCGCCCACCGAGGGUCGGGGGGCUGACGCCGAGCACGAGCAGAUGCCGGGGUCGUUCGUUUCUCGACGACCGCCUCAGGCAGGACAAUGAUCCUGGAAUGAGAAAGAAAAUCUACAGUGAUAUCAAUACAUUUAUAUCUCGGAUGUAAUACAAAAUGAGCGCAAUGGUUAUAUGAAGUUUGUACUAUUUUGGUUAAUAUCAGCGUAUGGGCGGGGUGAUUUGAGGUCUUCCAUGACUUUUGCAAGAUACUACCAAUCAAUUUCAUCGGAUUUUCGUACAC